GGCGCUGAGGGGCGGACGCGGCCGGCGCUGCCGCCGCCAUGAGCAAGGGCCCGGGGCUGGAGCCGGGCCCGGAGCCGGGCCCCGACCCGCAGCCGCUCCGCCACGCCGACCCCGCCGACGCGGGGCCCGCCGCCCCGGGCGGCCUCUUCGCCUGGCUGCGCGGGCGCUGCCUGGGCCGCGGGGCCGCCGUGGACCCGGCGCGGGACACGUUCGGCGCCAUGACCGGGCUGUACGGCGCCAUCCAGCCCGCCGACUCCGUGUCCCUCAGCACCCGCACGCACGGCGCCGUCUUCAACCUCGAGUACUCGCCCGACGGCUCCGUGCUGACCGUGGCCUGUGAACAGACUGAGGUCCUGCUCUUUGACCCCAUCUCUUCCAAGCACAUCAAGACCCUCUCCGAGGCCCACGAGGACUGUGUCAACAACAUCAGGUUCCUGGAUAACCGGCUGUUCGCCACGUGCUCCGACGACACCACCAUCGCGCUCUGGGACCUGAGGAAGCUCAACACCAAGGUGUGCACGCUGCACGGCCACACCAGCUGGGUCAAGAACAUCGAGUACGACACCAACACCCGCCUGCUGGUCACCUCGGGCUUCGAUGGCAACGUCAUCAUCUGGGACACCAACAGGUGCACAGAGGAUGGAUGUCCCCACAAGAAGUUUUUCCACACCCGUUUUCUGAUGCGAAUGAGGCUGACUCCAGACUGUUCCAAAAUGCUGAUCUCCACCUCCUCCGGUUACCUUCUGAUUUUGCACGACCUUGACCUAAACAAGUCUUUAGAGGUUGGCAGCUACCCGAUCUUGCGAGCCAGGAGGACCACGUCGAGCUCGGACAUAACGUCGUCGGGCUCCUCUGGCCCUCGAGCUGUGGGCUCACCCUGUCACCAGAACAACUCAGGGCCGCCCUCUGAGAAAACCUUGUCACGGCCCUCCCAGCGAGAAGGGGGAUCACCUAGGAACAGCCUCGAGGUGCUGACACCCGAGGUUCCUGGAGAAAGAGACCGAGGGAACUGCAUCACGUCGCUGCAGCUGCACCCCAAGGGCUGGGCCACGCUGCUGCGGUGCUCCAGCAACACAGAUGACCAGGAGUGGACUUGUGUCUAUGAAUUCCAGGAAGGAGCCCCGGUGCGCCCCGUGUCCCCGCGCUGCUCCCUGCGCCUGACGCACUGCAUCGAGGAGGCCAACGUGGGCCGGGGCUACAUCAAGGAGCUCUGCUUCAGCCCCGACGGCCGCAUGAUCUCGUCCCCGCACGGCUUCGGCAUCCGCCUGCUGGGCUUCGACGCGCACUGCAGCGAGCUGGUGGACUGCCUGCCGCGGGAGGCCAGCCCCCUGCGCGAGAUCCGCUCGCUCUACUCCCACAACGACGUGGUGCUCACCACCAAGUUCUCCCCCACGCACUGUCAGAUCGCCUCGGGGUGCCUUAGCGGACGCGUCUCCCUCUACCAGCCAAAGUUCUAGCCCGGCGGCGCGCGGCUGUUCCUCCAGCCGGGUGGAAGUGUGCUCUCUGCAAACCCUCUGAGCCCAGAGCAGGCCGCCGUGGCCUCGGGACGUGCCGUGGAAGGAUUUCUCAGCCCCGUGUGGAUCUGGGUCCUGCCUCCCUGAGCCCACGGCCCCGCCAGCAGCCUCUGCUCCUGCUGGUGCUGUGCCACCGGCCGCUCUCCUGCUGUGUUCGUGCCCUGGUACUUGAUUGUUUCCUUCAGCACAACUCCAGCGGGCUCUUGGGAGCAGCACAGAGGGGCAGGGUGCCACAGGAGCUGGACUGCCUCACCUCUGCUUCCUCUCCUGCCACUGAAGCAACUCUGUGGUGAUUAGUAGAUAAUGGACUGCUUGUCUACGUAAGCAACACGGUUAGUUACUCCCACCAAAAAAAAAAACAAAACAGGAAAAAAAAAGAAAAAGGAAUUUUGCUUUCAUUUCUAUGUUAAUGUGGUUGUCAUUGGCUAGAAUGAGUCACGGUGUGGCUUAGGCUGGCAGGGACCACUGGAGGUCACCCAGGCCCACCCCUGCACUCGAUUGAGCCUGCACUGAGCACUAGGGAGGACCCUGGCCCUGAGCAUCUCUGGGUUCGUGCAGCAGGGCAGCUCUGGCCCCUCCUCUGCCAGGUGUCUCCUGCAAGGGGCUGUCCACAUCUCAAUCAUGGUGGCUUUUUGCUGAUGUUUGGGUAUUGCCCACCUGGCUGGUUUUCCACACACACACCUGGCCUGCGCUCUGUCUGUGGGGGAAGUUAAUUUGGAUGUGUCCCUAGUAUUGCCAGGUGAGCCUUUCUUCACGUGCUGUCAGUUUGGGAGGGGAUUAAAAGCAAACCUGUCGUCAGUGGGAUCAGCCUGGAUCUAACCAGGCUUAUCAUCAGAUGUGGAGCACUGUGAUGAUCACCCUGGUGAGAGGGUCUCAUGGGGAAGCUGUAUGAGGAGCAGCUGAGAUCUCUUGGUUUGUUCAGCUUGGAGGAGUCUGAGAUGAGAUCUCAUGGUGCUCCUGAGCAUCCUCCUGUGGGGCAGUGGAGGGGCAGGUGCUGAUCUCUUCACUGCUGUGACAAGGGACAGGAGCAGGGCACGGCUGGGGCUGGGUCAGGGCAGCUCAGGCUGAGAUCAGGGAAGGGUCUGCUUCCCCCAGAGGUGCUGGCACUGCCCAGGCUCCCCAGGGAAUGGGCACAGCCCCGAGGCUGCCAGAGCUCCAGGAGAGCCUGGACAGCACUCCAGGGAUGCCCAGGGUGGGGUUGCUGGGGGUCUGUGCAGGGCAGGGUGGCACUGGGUGAUCCCGUGGGUCCCUUCAGCUCAGGGGAUUCUGUGGUUCUGUGGUCACACCCAGAGUAUGAAUGCCAGAUUUCAGCCCUCGAGUUACAGAGCUACCCUUGUAAAUGCACAGGUAUUGUACAUCCAUAUCAGUUCAUAACAUUCUCAUCACUUACAUGUCCCAAGAUGAGGGUUUUUUAGUAUUUCACUGAAGUUCUGCAGACUAGUCACACACUCAGUUCAGCAGGGAACUUCACCUGAAAGGACUGUCACCUGCUGGUGUUCAGGUACACUCUCUGGCUCAGCAGAGCACACUUGUUCAAACCUGACUCUUACAAAGCCUUUUGCAAAACGUAUUUGGGGAUAAAGACAACAUUUGUGGACAUGAGAGAGCUGGAAAGGUAAGCCUGAGGACCCUCCUGUAGCUUUGUAUUUAUGUGGUGUUGGUGCAGAAUUCAUUGACACUUAAGCCUCCUCUGCACUAUGAGAGAAGAAAAUCCCAAGUUUCCUCUUGGAGAAUUUCUUUGGUCGUACAAAGCCUUCGGGUUUGUGUGUUAGGUAAUCUGAGGGCAAACAUCCCUUCUGCUGGCCUGAGCCUGCUCGAGGGGCAGGUGGGUCUGCUGGGUUGUGGAGCACUGCCCUGGCUGUGGGUCAUCACCUGGGAGUGCAGUGUGCAGGAAACGUGGGGACAAGCCUGGCAUGCAGGAUUUUUGUGCAAAGGAGGAGCUACAAGGAGUUUGUUUGGGGAAAAUACCCAGGUCCUGCCCAGGACUGCAGCAGCUUUUCCCCAGGCAUUCGCUGUCCCACUGCCAGGCUACUGUUUCCUCAGCUUAUUUAAUGUUUAAUUACACGUCGUGGAAGGGAGUACAGGGACACUUGGGAGAACCUUGGCGUUUUCACGGGCUUGCACCUGUUUGUGUUGGAGGUGCAGGAGCACCCACGGGGCCGGGGGGUGGUCCCUGGGUGGGUCUGUCUGUGUGUUUCCAAGGCUGUUUCUGUUUUCCUGUCAGAGCCUCCUCAGACUGGUGGAUCCCUAGUGACUGUAACGCUAUGCCUGUGAAUAUGCACUGAGUGUUACCUUUUUAAUUCUACCUCAUGAUACGCUGUGUUUUACACCAGUAUUGUGCUGAGCUUUGGACACUCACCUUUCUGUGUAGAGGACCAUGACCCCCACGUGGCAGAUGUGUGACAGAUGUGUCCUUGAUAGCACCUGUGGGUGGUUGUCAGGCCCUGCCUGGCUCUGGGACCAGCAGCUCACCUGGUGCAGGGGUUUGGUCACCUUGAUGCUUUUGUAGCGUGUCCAGCAGAUGCAUAAAAUGACAGAAUCUGUACAUGUAUGCUGUAGAAAUGUUACUUAGUUUUUCUGAUGACAUUUGUAAUAAGUUUGAAUUAGAGUAAGUAGGUAGUCUUAGAUUUUGGUCAUUCGAUCGAUUGCUCCUUUUCAACAAACCUGGAAGUUCUCCAUGAAGGCUUUACCAUGUUUUACCUGUGAAGUUCACUUCUCAGUGGCUUACAGCUGACAUGCCUCACAGUCAUGUGGUGGUGCAAGUGUUUUCAGUUCUCUCUCAGUAGCAUUACUGAAGCAAUGAAAUUAUGUGUUGGUGAGCUUCAGGUUAUUUCUAGGUAGUCAAACAAACAAAAAAAAAAGCUUAUCUUCUAGUUGUGUUUCAAACGUCAAAUGCUCGACCUCGA